GAAGUUUCUGGAAAGUACAUACACAUGUGCAUAAUGGUCAAAAGGGAUCAGAGACUUCCUCCGUCAAUCUCUCUCUUCGUCCAGUCUCACCACCUCUCUCUCUCUCUCUCUCUGCAUUGUCCUGAUCCCUCUCUCACUCCGUUUUUCAGAUCUCUCCACAUUCAACUUCGAUCAAUUCGGUGGUUUUCCGUUGUUUAUCCACUAGAAAAAUUGAAAAUUAGGGGUUUUGACGAACAAGUUGGGGUAGAGCGCCGGAGAAUGGAGAGUACGUCGUCGGAGAAGGAGGUGGGAGCUGCGGCGAUGGCGGCGGCGGCAUCGUCGUAUACGUAUUGGGUGAGGGAGGUGAGAGAAGAUGCGGCACCACUCCCGCUUCCGAAGAAACUCGACCCCCACGAUUUGUCCAACCACUCUCAACAUCCACCUUCCCACCUCGGUUCUGUCUGGAAUCGGGCUGGAACAUGGGAGGAGAAGAACCUUAACAAGUGGGCAAGUGAUAGGAUUAAGGAGUUGCUAAUUUCUGUUGGGUCCUUGGAAUUCUCUGGUGGCAGAGCUGAAAUAACAGAAGUUUCAAAAUGUGUAGGCGAGGCAUUCUUGGUUACAGUACGAAAUAAGAAACGUGUUAGCUACACUUAUGAGUUGACUCUGAGAGUCAAAGGUGAGUGGCUUGCUGGAGAGGAGAAAAAGAAGGUAAAGGGUUAUAUCGAUAUCCCGGAGUUCUCGGUUGGUGAACUGGAUGACUUGCAGUUUGAAGUGAGGCUUAAUGAGGAGAAAGAUCUUACUCAUCAAGAUAAGCUAAAAAUCAGUCAAGAUUUGAAGCUUUUUUUGCAGCCGGUCCGUGAAAAAUUGCUCCAAUUUGAGCAGGAACUGAAGGAUAGGUGAAAGAAGCCCUCAACAAUAAUGCUGUGACAGCCAUUUGUUUGUACUUGGAGCCUGUAACUUCUAUUUAUCGUCCUUUCAAAUGCAUGUAUUAGACCAUAAACUUGUUGCGAAGGCAAAGCCUGGGAUCUUUUGAGGCAUACUAAUAGUCAAUCUUUAAGACAAAUACAUCGGACUAUGAAGGCUUGUUCUGGGACAAUAUGGCAAUGUGCCGUGUUUUUCCUUGUUA